AUGGGAUAGCUACAUUUGAUGAUAUCUCGUUUAUCUCAAAGCCAGGUUCAAAAGAUAUGUAGCUAAUGCCAAAUUGGAACUUAUGCAUUUUUCAAUAACUAGCAACAAUGCUUUGAUUGUCCCAAAAAUUCUGAAUGUCUUGGAGGAAGUUAAAUUGAAUUACAAUCAGGUUUUUGGAGAUCAUCAAACCUCAGUUCUCAAAUUCAUUAAUGCAUGAAUACAGCUGCUUGUUUAGGCGGACUAAUGAUAGAUAAUAAUCCAAAUUAAUAAUGUUAACUAGGAUAUGGUGGUAAUUUGUGCGAUUAAUGUGUCAAAGUAAAUGGUAUUUAAUUCACAAGAAGUAACAAAAAUGAAUGCGAGAUAUGUCCUGAGUCAGGAAUCAACAUUAUUUUUCUAUAGGCUAUAAUCCUUAUAUUUAUUUACUUGAUUAUUCUUGUAGUGAUGAACAUAAAAAGCAGAAAGACUAGUGAAAUUUCAGUAAUUAUGAGAAUUAUGACUAACUUUCUUCAACUUUCAUCAAGUACAUAUCUGCUCCAGUUAGAAUGGCCUAAGCCACUUGAAAAAUUUUUGGGAGCAUUUAAUUAUGUCGGCCAAUCAGUAUAUAACAUUAUCUACUUUGACUGUGUCCUAGAUAACUCUAUCAUUGACAACGACUAUAGUUAUUGGCAUUCUUCCAAUAAUUAUCAUGAUGAUCUUCUCUAUAGGUUUUAUCAUUUUUAUGAUAUUAAGAAAAAUUUCACUAAUAAAAUUCAAAGAUUGGUUUACAAUUAUGGCAAUUAUAGUUAUUUAUUUUACUCACCCAACAGUUACGAGAGCAGUAAUAAACUUAUACUAUUGCAUGGAAAUCGACUAGGGAAAAUUUUUUUGGUAAUGAUCAACGUCUUUUUGCAGACACAGAUAUCAAUUUUCAAAUGUAUGGUUCUCCUUUUAGUAUUCUUAAUCAUCUAUCGAUUCUAAAUCAGACUUUAACCAUAUCAAAAUCCUUUGAUAAAUGAACUUGAAAAAAGAGAGAUGAUGUGCCUUUUUAUUGCAAAUAAAUUAAGACAUCUAACUUUUCUGUAAAUUAAAGCCAUUAACAUUGAUGAAAAACUGUCAAAAGACUCCUCAAAAAUUUUAGAUGAACUAUUCACUCAAGAAAUUUUGAAGGAUAAAAACUGUGGGAUACUAACUAUUCUAUCAACCAAUAAUUACAAAAAUGAGUCCCAUUAAUCUCGAGGAAAUAACUCUUAAUAUAUAACAGUAAAAUCAAAAAACAAUUUGAAAAAGAGUAAGAGAAAAUCUGAGAACCACAAAAAUAACAAUCUUGCAUUUUAAACUUUGAAUGAUAGUAAAACUAAUAAUGCCAAAGGACUUAAUGAAAAAGAUUUAGAAGACAUAUUCUCUAAACCUAAAGAAAAUUCAAAUUUCACAGAUACUUCUGCAAAUCAUUAACUUUAAAUGCAUUUGGUUCUUUGA